GGUUUUUUGGGGGGGGGAUAGAAGAGUGUAGCGUUCAAUAAACAGUCCAGACGUUUUACAUUCGUGAGUUUUUGUCCUAAAAGAGCGACUCUAUUCGCCCUACACGCUACACUGGCAAGGCUUCACGCUAGGAAUAACUUUGACAUCGGACUUAUUGGCUCAUAAUGGCAACUAAAAAGUAUGAAUUUGUUAAAGAGGACUCCUCAAAGUGAAAUCCAACUUGUCAGCUGCUUCUUACAUAUCACGUGACAACCCCCAACGUCACUGCAUCAUCACCGAUCAUCAAUAUAUCCCAUUUAAAGCAGCAUCAUCAGGAAUAGGAGCUGGCUCUUCAGGGUAUUCUUGGGUUGCAGCACCUGUCCUCUGCAUCGGCUGGCAGUGGAGUUCCUCACCUUGGCCCCCUUUGUCCUUGGCAGCGUGACAUGAUGUGAAUAAGGCGACGCUUUCAGGGCAGGUGAGAGACCCACUGUUGACAGUCGUUCACAAGCUGCACCCGGAAACAGAAACUCUAUUGUGACCACCGCCAGGUGACACCCCAAGCAGAAACAUACAAGUAACCCUGCCAAUUGUGGAACCAUGACAAUGGAACAGCAAAGCUCUGAGAACCAGCUCCGAACCAGGCCCAAUGGAACAGCAAAGCUCUGAGAACCAGCUCCGAACCAGGCCCAGUGGAAAAGGGGUAUAUGUUACAUUUCCUGUUCCAGGAACAAAACUUUAAGAUGUUUUUCCUGAAAGCCAUGGUUGAGGUCCUUUUGUUCCAUUAAGUAAUGUUGUAGUUAUAUACGUGGUUAUUAAAGUAUAGUGGUGGGCUAAGAUCUUUGCAAGGUAAUGCACUAGUAUAUUAUUCUUCUCUUUAAGGCAGCACUUUGUAGAAUACAUCAAGUAUAUCAAAAUACAUAUUUCUUUCAGUCAAAGUUAUCAAAUAGAGAUUUGCAGGCCAAUUGUUCCUUCCCCAGAGAACGUUCCAGCUGUUCCCUUCAGCUGCUGGGGUCAUUCAUCGUCUUCUGUUGCCUCGUGGCUUGUCUUUUAAAAAAAACAAAAAAAACUGACAGAGGGUUAUAUCAUGUGUGUAUGUGUUAGUAAGCACAGGGGAUGUGUCAUCAGUCUAUAUUUGACAACUUUACAGUGGAAGAGCAUUGUGUUCUCCACAGAUGUAGACAGGGAGAGGUUAUCCAGCAAGACCUUUGAGGAGACACGCAGAGGAAAGGAAGUGAUCCAGAGGACUCCACCUGUUUCCUUAAGGAAAACACAAGACGUGUGCUCCGGGCCUCGGGUAAAAAAUUCUGACAGCAAGCGACCAUCUUGUUGAGUCUUCAUAGCGAAAUCUAUUGCAGGAUUCAUUUUAAAGGGGAUGGACCACAUCCAACUUGACACUGAAAUCUGAACUAAAAGGACCGUUGAAAUGCUACAAAAUCUGAAUAUUUUUGCCACAGGUAUCCGUUGGGGUUGAGUUACCAUGGAAACCAGGACUGUGAUGCAGCGAGAGCAGGAGUCGUCAUCGUCCCGUACGUCUCACAGCAUGGACCUGUCGUCUCAUACCAAGAAGAAGACAUUCACAUCCAGUGACCAGGAAGUCCCAUAUUCUGAUUUCUAUCCCAUCAUCCCCGCUGAUGUGAUGUCCGUCAAGGAGAUCCUGAACAUGGAAAACGUCCCCCGCCAUAAAACAUGGGAAAUCCUGAGGGACACCCUGGCCGGUGACGAAGACUAUCACAGAGACGAGUGGACAAUGUUUGGGAAUGAGGCAGAGAAGCUAGAGAAAGGUGUGAUCAGGAACCGGCGUUUGCUGCGUACUCGUGUGGACAAAUUGGCCCUUCGCAAAGAGGCACAAAAGAAGGCAUCGGAGCACUUGACGUACCUGGAGCGUCUGAGUCAGAAGGUUCCAGACUUCGCCGUGCCCCUCAGAGCCCACACUGUCUGGGAGGGCAUGACGGUCCAACUGUCCUGCAUCGUCCAAGGCUGUCCACCCCCAGAGAUCACAUGGUAUAAAGACGGCAAGCCACUGAGAAGGUCUGAGACACCAUGGAACUACGGCCUUCAGCAAGCGUUUGGUCUUAAUUCACUGGAGAUAAGACGAUGCUCCCCUGGCGAUGGUGGUGUUUACAAAGUGGUUGCCAAGAGUCCCCUGGGUGAAGCUAUGACCUUCGCCACACUUGUAGUGAAUUCAUUUCGAGGGGCCACCGCUGGUUGUGAGGAUUCCGCGACUCGAGCCUCACAGGAAGCUGCCUUUGCUGCUACCUUUCCGCCAACAUGGGUGAAGGAAGGCGAUAGUCUCACCCUGAGCUGUUCCUUCACGUCACCUCUGCUGCCUUUCCAGCAGGACAUCACCUGGUUCAGAGAUGGAAUGCAACUGCUGCAAUCGUGUGCUGUGGACAUGAAGACGACUGACAACACGGCCUCCAUCACUCUAAGCGCUGUGUACAAGGAGCAUGAAGGAGUGUAUACUGUCUGCCUGAAGACCUGGAACGGGAUUCAGGAAUCUAGUGCCUAUGUCUAUGUCGAAGACUCAUCAGCCGCAGUUUUUGGAGGUCCUGGGUCUCCCCUGUUGGUUCAGGUAGCAGACAUCAACAAAGACUACGUCUUCCUCACCUGGCAGCCGCCCAGUGCCGAUGGAGCGUCACCUGUGGAAGGCUAUUACAUUGAGAGGUGUGACCUCAGUCAGGGCCAGUGGAUUCGCUGCAAUGUGCACCUUCAGAAAAUGUGCCAUUAUCCAGUGUUUGGGCUGAAAGAAGGAACGAAAUACAAGUUUAGAGUCCGGGCUGUCAACCAGGCUGGUGUUGGCCGCCCCUCUAAGGCUACUGAACCUGUUGUCACUGAGGACCCCCUGGAACAUUCUAGGACCAUGGUGGUUAAAGUGCACAGAGGAAGGACCAUCGUCAUCACCAAAGAUGAACUGGAAGGUCAUAUCCGCACUCCCUUCCCCCCCACCGAUGUUCACGCCUGCGAGGUGAGUGACACGUAUGUGGUGCUUAGCUGGACCGAGCCGGAACCUCGAGGGAAGGAGCCGCUCACCUUCUAUGUGGAGCAGUCACAGGAAGGGAAGAACACCUGGGAGCUGGCAAGUCUGGACAUGGUGGUCAACUCUCCCAGGUUCCCUGUCUUUGACCUGGUUAAAGGAACGCAGUACCGCUUCAGGGUGCGAGCCAUCAACAAGUACGGCGUAAGUGACCCCUCCGAGCCGAGUGACUUGAUCUGCUUGGGGAAACCAAAAGGUGUUCCUUCUCCACCUUCAUCACUCAUGGUCUUCAGAGACACAGACACCUCUGUGUUGCUGGAGUGGCAGGAGCCCAAAGACAAAGAGGGCAUCCUGGGGUAUUACUUGUACUACAGUGAAACUGGACAAGGGGACUGGAAGAUUGUCAACAACAAACCUGUUACUGACACCAGCUUUACAGUGCACGGCCUUCAGACUCGUAAGGAAUAUGUGUUCAGGGUGAAGUCAGUGAGUCGAGCAGGAAACAGCGACUACUCUGAGGAAUCUCUCCCCAUCGUGGUGAAAGCCGCAAUUUGUGUUCCCUCAGCUCCCUCCGCCAUCGCUUUGCUGCUGUGCACCGAAUCAGAGAUGGUGUUGGGCUGGAGGAGGCCUCUCUACGAUGGUGGAGCACCUGUGAGGGGCUACUACCUGGACCAGAAGGAGGCAGGUGCCGAAACAUGGAGGGAGGUCAAUGUGAAGGCGGUUAAAGAAAGGCGAGCUACAGUUUCCAAGCUGACCAGUGGGCUUUGGUACCAGUUCCGUGUGUUUGCCGCCAACAUGGUUGGUGUUGGGAAGCCAUCGGAGGCCAGCGAGGCUUUCCUGUGCGAGAAGUGGACCAUGGCGGAGCCUGGUUGUCCCUUUGACCUGGAGGUCCGGGAGGUGAGAAACGACUCGCUGGUGCUCUUGUGGGCUGCUCCGCUGUAUACAGGGCAGGGCCCUGUCACUGGCUACUUCCUGGAAAUUAGCCAGGGUGGACCGGAGUCUGACAGCUGGACUGCUUUGAAUGAGAAGCCAGUCACCGACAUUUAUUACAAGGUUUCAGGUCUUGAGGCGGGUCAAACCUACCGCCUCCGUGUGUCAGCUGUCAAUGAGGCGGGAAUGGGACGCGCCUCUCUGCCUUCUGAGGCUGUCGUGGCUCAGACAUCGCCAGACACAAACAACAUUGAGGUCGGCGUGGAUGACGACGGCUUCAUCUACCUGGGAUACAAGUGUGACGAAGUUGAUGAUGAAAGCGAGUGCCUCUGGAACAAAAACUACACAGAGCCCAUCGAUGACGCCAGAGCUCAGGCAGAGACCAGAAACGGCAGGUCACUUCUCACCUUCGGCGACGCCUCUGAAGAGGACCUAGGUCUCUACACUGUGGAGAUGAGUGAUGACCCCAGCCAGUCGUCGAGCUACGUCCUCACGGCUGAAGACCUUGAACGCCUCAAAGAACUCAGCCAUCAAGUCAGAAAUCCACUGAUUGCACUGAAAUCGGGCUGGCAUGUUGAGGUUUCAGAGAAGGGUGAAGUGCGUCUUUGGCUUCAGACAGAGAGUCUGAGCGAGUCUGCCGAGCUCCGUCUUAUUUUCAACGACAAAGAGAUCUCCAGCACUCCGCACCGCAAGAUCAACUUUGACAAGGCUGCAGGUCUGGUGGAGGUGCUGAUCGAUCGGCUCGGCCCGGAGGACGAAGGCUCGUACACGGCUCAGCUGCGGGAUGGCCGCGCCAAGAACCAGUUCACUUUGGUGCUGGUGGAUCAACAAUUCCGUGAGCUGCUGGCACUGGCGAACGACAAGCGACGUGACCACGAGAGAAAGAGCGGGCCCUACUUCCAGGAGUACUUGUCUUGGAGCGUUAACGAGGAUUGUGAAGUGAUCAUAAAAUGCAAGGUAACAAACACAACCAAGGACUCAACCCUCAGAUGGUUCAAAGAUGGCAUGAAAUUGACCCAGGCUGUGUAUGACUCCCCAUCGGGGGUCAGCACGCUCACCAUCCCACAGUUUGAAAAGAAGGAGGCGGGCUCUUACAAGGUGGUGGUGUCUGAUGCCAGAGGAGAGGACGUCAGCACCUUGGCACUACUGGAUGAAGAGUUUGACAAGGUUCUCCAGCAACUGAGCAAACAAUGCGCAAUGUCAGCAGGUCCGCUGAGAGUUCAGAGCACCGCUGAAGGCUUCAGGCUCCACUGCUCGCUGAAAUAUUAUAUUAACUACCUGAAGUCCAUUUGGAGCUUCAAGGAGAAGAGGAUGGAGCCCCAGUCCAGGACAAGGAUGGGCAGCAAUGUCCGCACAGUCUGGAUGGACAUCUUUAACCCUACAGAGAACGACAAAGGCAAAUACAGCUUAGAGAUGUUUGACGGACAGGAGACACACACGCGCCAUCUUGACCUGUCUGGACAAGCCUUUGCUGAUGCCUUGCUGGAACACCAACGGUUGAAGCAAGAAGCCAUCACUGAGAAAAACCGGGCUAAAGUGACAAAGGGCCUCCCAGAUGUGGUGGCCAUCAUGGAGGGCAAGUCCUUGUGCCUGACGUGCUUCAUUGAGGGCGACCCGGCUCCGGAGGUCUUCUGGCUUCGCAAUGACCGAGAGCUCCCCAGCGACGGUCAGUUCUUCAUCACCAAGGAGCCCCACUGCAGCACCAUUACCAUCAACAAUGUCCACACGGACAACUCGGGCAAGUACAGCGUGAUGGUGCGCAACCGGUAUGGCUCCGAGACGGUGGACGUGACGGUGAGCGUGUACAAGCACGGUGAGCUGCCGCCAGCCAAUGCUGUGGAGAUGGGGCUGUGAGAGUAGGAUUUUUAUUGUCUCUUAAAAGCAUUGUUGUAGUGAAUAGUAGAUCCUGUUUGGUGCAAGAGAAACAAAGGUGCACAUGAUGGUGGUUAUUGGGUCUUAUCACAGCAGCAAGUCGAUGCAGACCUCUGCCAAGGCCAAACUAUUAACAAAUGUCCCGGAGUGUUGUGUUUGUUUGCUAGUUAGCCGGCUACUUCCUGGUUCAUUGAGGGCACACAGGGGAAGACAGGGGAGUCCAAAGUGCGGUGCUGGGCACAUUUUCAGCUUUUUACUUUCUCAUUAAAAAAACAGAAUUAGGGAUUUUUGUGCCUGUUGUGAAAGCAUUCAUAGCUGCAAUAAAAACGUUGUUCCGGCAGUCAUGUCUGGUGCUUGUGUGUCUCACCAAACUUUACAGUCAUAUAACUGACACCAAGUGACCAGUGUAGAAUGCUACAUAUCAUCCUUGACUGUGUCUUCUGAAUGAAUUACAAAUGUAUUGUUGGUCAUUUAGCCAGUUGUAUGCUUGAAAAUUUAAUUGAUUGAUUGAUUCAGGCAAAAAUAUAUAACAUUUCUUAAAUAUGCAUCUUUUGUUACUAGUAAUAUGUACCGGUCCACAAAACAGCAUGAUUUAUUCAUAUAGUUUUGAUAAAUCGUGAUCAAGUGUGAAGUAGGGAUUACUGCAUUGACCCACAUGGUAAUGGUAAUGGUUUUAUUUCAUUUGAACAUGCAUCAGGAUACAAUAGAGUGCAUCAUAUAAACAAUUCACAGUUCCACAUGUCCAAAAGGAGUAGGAAGAAGCAAAGCUUAUUGCAGUGUUUUUCAACCUUUUUUGAGCCACAAGUCUAUUGGAGGAACGACGCAAUCAGCUACAUGUUGCCACACGGACGAAUAUUACAUUGCUACGUCUUUACACCUUUAGUCUUUACACCACGGACACUCGGCGAUGACAUAAUAUUUGCCAAAAAUUAUUAAUAAAUGUUCAACACAGUGGUUGUAAAUCACUGGCUUAUUAAAUCCUACCCCUCCAUCUAUUACUUUUACAAUCUGUAUCUGUUACAUUUGUUCACUUCCUGCCUUCCUGAUAUUAUUUUUAAUGUAUUUAUUUAUUUUCUUUAACUUAUACUGAAGUAUAAAGUGAUGUAACCAUAUAAUGACAUACUGGUUACCAUAAUAGUCAAUAGUGAUAUAUGACACAACAUGACUUCAUCCUUGUAUUUAACAAUACAUCAACUGCUUGUAUUGUUUCUUGAAUUGGCUCAUUGUUGUGCAUUGUUUGAAUUUCGUACUCGCUUAGCCUUCCAACUCAAAAUCCGUGACUUUAUCUGCGUUCAGCCGAGUUUCCCAGAUUGCGAUUACUAUGAAGGGUUCCUUGAAUAGAUUCAAAUAUUGUUUGAUGUUGUACAUGCGUACAUUUGCGUACAUGCUUCUGCAGUUUAUAUGAAUGAUUGACAACUUGUCGCCAAUAUUAAAACUAUUCCACAAACUAUUCCACAAAGGAACUAUUGUUAACGACAGUCAUUUCUUAUGUGUGGAAAAAAAUAAGAAUUGUGUUUGGAUCUAGAUCCUUUUCCAAUUCCAUUUGUUUGUGAUUUGUAGAGCCAAUGGUGUCCGAUUGCAGAUCUUCUUGUGGCAUACUGAUAAUGGUUAAGCCGUUUUCCAUUUCCAUAUUGGAUUAAUCUUAGUAUUGUUCCACAUCCUUUAUAUUGAUAUAUAUUUUUUUCCAAUUCCAUUUGUUUGUAUUUGUAGAGCCAAAGGUGUCCAACUGCAGAUCUUCUUGUGGCAUACUGACAAAUGUUUAAGCCGUUUUUCAUUUUCAAGUUGGAGUAAUUUUAAAAUUGUUCCAGAUCAUUGAUAUUAUUGACAACGAGCACACUGGCCUCCGGUCCUCCAUUUGACUUGAUCAUAAUUUUACAGUUGGCACUCCAAGCAGCUUGGAUCUUUCUCUGUUUUCACAUUGGAUUGCUUUUAGAAUCUAUAUAAAUCUAUAUAUAAAAUAUAUAACACAACCAUAGCUGUGUCCCAAUUGGGGGACAGCAUUUUCAGAGCACCUAAUAGCCUAGCUUUGAGUCCUACAGAGCCAUGCCAACCCUCAUUAUCAACCCUAGAGCAGGGGUUUAUCUUCUGAGAGGUGCUGGAAGACUUCCAGGGAGACGCAGUAGCUUGAGAAUAAUAAAGAAAAAUGUCUAAGCUAACUUCAGGUGUGUCCAAAGGCAAAGUGAAUUGAUUUUUAAAAAUUUUGUCCAUAGUGUCGUUCACCCCGCUAGCGAGCCUCACUUGGCCGGGGGUUAAACUAGGGAAAAAGGUUGCGGACGUGUGUAAAGCUAAGAUGUAUUACAUCAUGCAGAUAUGUCCUGUACCUUUUAUUACAGUAUAGCGUGAGCUUUGUGGUCCUCAUCACAUGAAAUCCUUUCAGUGUGUUGUCUUCUCCGACUUGACUAGAUCUUCCAAGUGUCAACU